CCAUCUUUUCUAACUCAUGUCUAAAAGCAACAGCACAGCCAUUUCCCACAGGCUUUUCUUAGCCCAAAUGAGUUCUCUGAGAGAACUCAUGGAGAUCUCAAUUCUUGCUUUCUUACUCUGUUUGCAAGCUUUGUUUCUCCUGCAACAAUGGGAUCCCGUCUCCCAUUUCUUGGCUGCCUUGUGUUUCCUUGUUUUAGCCAUUGCCAGACACUACAGUUCAACCCCUUCACCAGUUUAUCUCCUUGACUUCUCCUGCUUAAAGCCCCCAAGCUUCUGCAGGGUACCCAUGGCAACCUACCUAGAACAUGCCCAUAUGUUCGAUUUCUUGGACAAAGAAAGUGUGGCCUUUGUGGCUAAAAUCCUCACACAAUCUGGUCAAGGUGAACAUACCUAUCUCCCACCUUCUUUACACUACAUCCCACCAAAAUCAACCCAACAAGAAGCCAUCAAAGAAGUCCACAUGGUCCUUUCCCCUGUCUUAGAAGAUCUCCUGUCCAAAACCAAGAUGUCCCCAACCGACAUAGACAUUCUCAUAGUCAACUGCAGUGGGUUUUGCCCAGCCCCUUCACUCUCAUCCAUCAUUGUCAACAAGUACUCCAUGAGACAAGACAUCAAAAGCUUCACCCUCAGUGGGAUGGGGUGCAGUGCUAGUGCCGUGGCUAUUGACAUGGCUUAUAACAUUCUCAAAACACACAAGAAUUCAAAUGCCUUGAUUCUCAGCACUGAAAUCCUCUCCACGGGAUGGUACCCUGGGAAAGAACACCCCAUGAUUGUCCUCAACUGCCUCUUCAGGAUGGGGGCUGCUGCAAUUCUUGUUUCUAACAGAAAGGAAGCAAAGAACAGUGCCAAAUAUAAGCUCCUACACACACUUAGGACACAAAGAGCCUUUGAUGACAAAGGAUACCACUCAGCUUUUAGGGAAGAAGAUUCUGUUGGACUCACUGGUGUCACAAUCAGGAGAGACUUAUUGCAGGUGGCCGGAGAAACUCUCCGAUCAAACAUCACAAUCCUCGGACUGAAGAUCCUCCCGUACACGGAAAUGAUGAUGUACGCGUUCUCCAUCAUGAAGAAGAAGUACUGGGAGAAAUCAACAGAAAUAUACACCCCCAAUUUCAAGCGAGCGGUGCAGCACUUCUGCCUGCCGGCUUCCGGCAAGCCGGUGAUUCGCGAAAUCGGAAAAGGACUGAAGCUCGCGGAGAAGGACAUGGAGCCGGCGUUGAUGACGCUCCACAGAUUCGGAAAUCAAUCGUCGUCCUCCCUCUGGUACGAGCUCGGGUACAUCGAAGCCAAGGAGAGAGUGAAGGUCGGUGAUCGGGUGUGGCAGCUGGGCAUGGGGAGCGGGCCCAAGUGCAGUAGCUUGGUGUGGGAGUGCAUUCAUGCCACUGUGGGGGAGGCGAGGGCGGGGCCAUGGGCGGAUUGCAUUCAGAAGUACCCUGUGGGGUCUGUUGAUUAG